UAUAAUUUAAAAAAUGAUGGCAUCCUAUGAGAUUGUUCACUCAGAUUCCUUAGUAUAGUUAAUGAAUUCCUCAUAUGAACUUGAUCAAAUGACAAAUAAAUGGAUGUUUGGAGAGUAAGAUUAAUAGUAAGCUUCCCCUCCACACAAUGAUCAUAUAAGGAAAUGUAGACCUUAUGAAAAACAUAACUCAUCAAUCCUCAAGAAUAAUCAAGACUUAUUUAAUGUAAACUUUUCUAAAAGUGUAUAUGUAAAUAAAAUAAGCUCUUUGAUUGAAAUAGCUCCCCAUCAUCAAGAAUCUUCAAUGGCAUUUAAAAAAGAGUAAAAUAUUAUAAUAUACAAUAUAGAUAAAAGAAUUAUAUUAAAACGAAGAAAUAGUUAGAUAAAGAUAAUGGAUUCUCCUAAGAAGAACAAGUCUAUGAUGAUAGUAAUAAAAUAAAGUUGGCAAAAAAUCGAUAAUCAGCAAGAGAUUCAAGAAAGCGAAAGAAAAUAUAUGUAGAACUUCUUGAGUUGAAAGUAGCUGAACUUAGUAAAUAAAUCGAAGUUCUCUAAAAAAACGUUGAAUAACAGAAUAUUUUUAUAAAUCAUUGUGUCAAGAUACCCUCACUCGUAUUAAAAUUUUAUUACUAAAAUUAGAUAUCAGAUUUUAAUUUGAGUUAUUAAAAUUAAUUCUAAAUUUUAAGUUAGAAUAUCACAAAAAAGCAAUUGUAAAUUUUAGAUGAUGAAUUUGGAGUUAAUUCAGAGAGAAGAGAUAGUUUGUGUAAUAUCAUUUUCAAUACUCUGGUUGAUCAUAUAUUACCUUAUGAUUUAAAGAAAACAAUCGAAACAGCUUUAAACAGUAAUUAAUCUUUUUAAUAAAUUAGAUCUUGGCAUAUUCAAAGUAGGAGAAUAAUAAGAGAUUAAAUAAUUGAUAGAAUUUUAAUAACAGUUUACCUAACAAUAUAAGAAAUUUGAAUUGUAAUAAUUUUAAAUAAUUUAAUAAAUAGAGCUGCUUAUGAUAUGGCAAAGUCAUAUGAAUACAUAAAAAGAGAGGCAGGAGGACUUGAAAAGCUAAAAAUGUAGUUGAUAUAACUUUUGGGUCCUUAAAAAUAUGUAAAAAACAUUCUUGAGAUUCAACAAGUUCAUUAAUAAAUAAUAGUGAAAGAAGAAGAUAUGAAUUAGAAAGGUUAUUCAAAAUAUGAAUUAUGAACUCGAU